AUGGCUGCAGCUUGGAUCGUCACGCUAGUGACUUUGGUGCUAGGUUUGGCUGUGGCAGGCUCUGUCCCCACUUCCAAGUCCAUCACUACUGGGAAGGGCUGCCACAUGGACAGGUACAAAUCUCUGCCACCGCAGGAGCUAGAGAGCUUCAGGAAGGCCAGGGAUGCCUUGGAAGAGUCAUUCAGGCUGAAAGACUGGAAUUGCACCUCUCCUGUCUUCCCCAGGAAUUGGGACCUGCGGCUGCUCCAGGUGAGGGAGCGCCCCGUGGCCUUGGAGGCCGAGCUGGCCCUGACGCUGGAGGUUCUGGAGGCCGCUGCUGACAAUGACACGGCCCUGGGGGACGUCCUGGACCAGCCCCUUCACACCCUGCACCACGUCCUCUCCCAGCUCCGGGCAUGUGUCCAGCCUCAGCCCACGGCAGGGCCCAGGCCCCAGGGCCGCCUCCACCACUGGCUGCACCGGCUCCAGGAGGCCCCGAAAAAGGAGUCCCCUGGCUGCCUGGAGGCCUCUGUCACCUUCAACCUCUUCCGCCUUCUCAUACGGGACCUGCAUUGUGUCGCCAGCAUUGUGUCGCCAGCGGAGACCUGUGACUGAGAACCUCGACCCACCCCGCGUCCACCUGACACACCACACCUUAUUUAUUUAUGUGCUGAGCCCUACUCCUUCCUUAAAUUAUUUCCUCUCACCCUUUAUUUAUGAAGCCGCAGCCCAGACUGAGACCUAGGGCUGAGUUUAUUGUUUUAUUUUUAUACAUUAUGCAUGAAUAAACAACAAGGAAUU